CGUCUUUUUGCCUCGUCAGCUCGUCCAUGAGAGAAGAAGGAGUGCGCGAAGACGGAACGAGAAGCGGAAGUGCGCUUACAAAGAACCGCAAAGGAGGAUCUUGAAUGUCAAUAUCCGCAAAAACGACCAGGCUGAAACACAGUGGCUAGAACACUUCGUUUCCACGGGUUGUGCACGAUUUUUUCGACAGGGCGAGCUCGUUUUCAUUUCUUUGUUCGCGCAGGGGCGCGUAGUGUACCGCGGCGAUUCGAGCGAAACACGUAUCGGUCGGUGUUUCGAUCGUUCGAAUCAGUUCGUGUACGUCGCGACGACGCGUCGUCGGGUAACCCGAUACCCGUGAUCGUAACGAGCUGUUACAUCGUUACAGCUGUGCAGGUGGGAAGAAGGGUGGUGGUAAAAGGAAGAACGCGACCGACCACCCUCCCGCGGGGACAAUCUCGACCACCAUGCGAGAACUAUUAUCUGUGGAAGAGCAAUCAACUCGCGCGAAACCCGUUUCUCUUUAAAGCGGACACAUUGGACGUGCCGGCUCGAUAAAUAAUGAACCUCCGCAGUCAUUUAUCAAGCUCACCGCGAGGCCAACGAAUGCUCAAAGCUAGCAUAGCUGAAGUAAAUGGAAGAGUGCAACGAGAGCCAGCGCAGGUAGUAUCGCCCGCGUCACCGAUGCUCGCUGGAUUUUCCUAGAAAAAUAGGAAAAAUAAAACACCGCCUGCGCUCUAUCAUCCUGUCUCCAUCGAACGUUCUGCGAUCGCGUGGCGGUCGUUCAAAGAGAACGAUUACUCGUCUAAUUGCAAACAGCCACGAGUUACCGUAUCGUUGCGACAAACGUACGUAAUUUGUGAUUCGUAACGAGAAGCUUUGCCAUUUUCGUCACAUUUUCGUAUGUCCUCACUCCGCCGGUUCUACACGGAUAAUACUACGAGAAAAAGAACCGGUCGAUGUCGUGUUCGCGGUCUUCGAGGUGCUUGAGAUGCGAUCGGCGAUCGAGUCGUGUGACGGUGAACGGUGGACUCGUUCUACUACCACGAGGAUCUAUCAACGCGGUAGAUAGCGGCGUAUGAAAGAGCUUAACUGGCCUCCAUGAGAGUGAUCAUUCCCGACGAUCGCGGCAGAACGUUUAACCCAUUUCGCGCGUCGGUGGUAGUUCGCGUUCGGUGAAUCAUGAGACGACGAAACAACGGUUGCUGUUGCCAGAGCAGCAAGAGGGCCGGUCGUAGCGGGUGCAACGACUCGGAGGGGAACGAACCGCCCGGAUGGUGUAUUUACGCGACGGUCGCUUUGGUCGCUGUUGGUUGUUACCUGAACGCGUUAGGUGGUGAUUUCGUGCACGACGACAUACCCGCGGUGGUGAGGAACAAGGACGUGCUCGCUCAAAACCCGUGGACCAGCAUCCUGAAGGACGAUUUCUGGGGCACCCCUAUGCACGACAUCAACAGCCAUAAGAGCUACAGGCCUUUGACGACGUUGACGUUUCGGUUAAACUACUUGAUGUCGGGAUUAACGCCGAGCUGGUAUCACGCGACGAAUAUUGCUCUGCACGCCAUUGCAUGCGUUUUGGUCACAAGGGUGAGCCUAGUGGUGGCAUCGCUGCGUCCAGGAUUUGCUGCCUUGACAGGCUUGCUGUUUGCUGCUCAUCCUGUACAUACUGAAGCGGUAACUGGUAUCGUUGGACGAGCAGACGUACUCGCUUGCAUCUUUUUCUUGUUGUCGUUUCUCGCUUAUCACGGGCAGCAAACGGCUUACGUGUGGAGCAGCGUGUGCCUGGGGGCGCUGUCGAUGCUUGCCAAGGAAACAGGCAUUACUGUUUUGCCUCUAAACCUUCUUUACGACCUCUGUCGCUCCUGGCAUUCAAUCAAGAGGUCAAUCUUCGAGGCCAGAUGGAACGACGAUUCGAGACACUUUUCUCGUCGGGCUGCGGCUUUGCUUGUUUCGUUUGGUGUGCUGCUGGUGGUACGUCUCGCCCUCCUUCACGGCACUCUACCGAAGUUCUCGCCGCAGGAUAAUCCGGCAGCUUUUCAUCCCUGUUUCCACGUCAGGUUAUUGACAUUCUGCUAUCUGGCGGCUCUGAACUGCUGGUUACUACUGUGCCCGGCGACGCUGUCUCACGAUUGGCAGAUGGGAUCGGUUCCUUUGGUCGCCUCGCUGGCGGAUACCAGAAAUCUGGCCACCUGUCUAUUCUUCGGUGGCUGCCUGAUCCUCACUUACAAAGCGUUCACGGAUUUCGAGCAACAGAGGCACCCGCCUCUUCUUCUUGGUUGGAUGUUCCUGGUACUGCCGUUCCUGCCCGCAUCCAAUCUUUUUAUUACCGUUGGAUUCGUCGUUGCGGAGCGUGUACUCUACUUGCCCAGUGUCGGAUGGAUCCUUUUGGUUGUUUAUGGGAUGCAGAUCAGCUGGACGGCCAUCCCGCGCAGAAGAAGUCUGAUCACGACGGGAAUCGUUCUACUUCUACUGCUGGGAUGCUAUAAAACAGUGCUGCGAAACAGGGACUGGACGUCCAGAGAAACUCUUCUCAGGGCGGGUCUGCGGUCUCUUCCCCACAACGCCAAGAUGCAUUACAACUUCGCCAACUUCCUGCGAGACACGUCGCAACCGAACCGAGCGAUCCUACAUUACCAGCUGGCCCUUUGGCUGUGGCCGACGUACGCCAGUGCGCAUAACAACCUCGGAACGCUCACGGUCGGCGAUCAAGCGGAGCAGCAUUUUUUGGCUGCAAUACACGCUCAGCCGGGUCACGUGAACGCUCAUUACAAUCUUGGUCAACUCUACAGGAAAACGAACCGAACGGAAGAAUGUAUACGAAUGCUGCAGAAAUGCGUGUCAUUGGACCCGGCGUACACGCCAGCCUAUUUGGUGCUGGCGAGAUUGGCAACCGGUCCAACUGCUGGCGUUCUCCUACGACACGUGGUCCGGUUACAACCGAAAAGUGCCGACCAUCUCGCGGAAUAUGCUUCGUGGCUGUACCAGAAUGGCAAAUGGCUACCCUCCCUCAAGUACUACCUCAAAGCCAUGGAGGUCUCACCGUCGCACAGAUCGUCGCUUCUGGGAACGGUCAGGAUAUUGAGGUCGCGGGGUCAGUGGCCGAGAGUUCAUCAACUCAUCACUAGAUGGCACCUGAUGUUACGAGCGAAACGGGGCGGCCUCGUAUAUCGCGGGGAUCUUUAUAUACGCGCGUGGCAGCUGCAAAGUGAAUCUCGUCGUCGAGCGCAUCAACAUCAAGGAAAUAUCUGCUUCUCGGAGGGCGGCUGUUCGACACCGCGUGUCGCCAGCGUGUCAGUGCAGCUGGAGCAGGACAGCAACAAGUCAGAACAGCUGGAGCGAGCGCCCCGUUGCAACGUACGUACCUGUAGACAGUCGAGAAAGGGAAAGGCACGUGUGACCGCUCCCGCCCUUCUCGUUCAGAACCUGCUGGAGACGCUCUAGCUCGCCAGGCUCUUCGACUAACUGCCCUUCUGUCUAAACGUUUCUCGUCCUCUCGCCUCGAACGCCAACAGCUCCGCGAGUUUCUGCCUACCGAACAAGUUUCCGCGUUCCCUCUCGCUCCUCGAGUCGGAGGCUCGUUCGCGGUCUCGGCUCCUCGUUUUCGUCGCGUCGUUUCGAAACCUUGGAAACGGACGAAAGGAGAGGAAACGGAAUUGAGAGACGUAUCGCGACGUUUCGGCCGAAUUCUGGAUUCAUUCGGGUUCGGUUACACAAUAUUUUGUAUUCUUAUUCUUUUCUGUUCUUCUCUUUCUUACACUACAGUUUUCUUGUUACUUUUUUAUACGUUAGUUAUUUCUCUUAUUUACUCUUAUUUACGUUAAAUAUCUUUCAAAUUCCAUAUUGUCCACGAGCACUUGUACUUAAUAUAAAUCUUUCUUCGCGUGAAUCUGUGCAAUUAAUUUAUGUAAUUCUCUUCUCUGAUGUGAUUCUUCCUUCGGAAAUAAAAUCGGCCGAAUGGACCCAGCAUAUGGAUGGAUGCGUGAUUCGAGAUCUGAGAAAGUAUCGUGAAACCACGGAUGUGCAACGAGGAUCGAUUCAACAAUUCGCGUUUCCGUCUAAGAAACCCGACGAAUUGUAAGUAUAUUCGUGCAGUUUGCCUCGUGCACGAUCUAUCUUCAGGCGAUACGAAGCGAAGUGAGGCUCCAUCUUCGAAUGAAAACGAAAACAAGGCGAUUCGAGUCUUGCGAUGGUUUCACACGUGGACGAGCGACUGAUCGGCUGAUUGGUUAUAUAGUUACUACUACCGGUAGCAUCGAGGUGUCUCUAAUCAAUUAUUUGCUGUACUUGGAGUGUGCUUUCGACGUUCUCAGUGAAACAGUGCUCGCGACGCUACCCGACGUAGCCGCGUUUCCUCCGUGUAAUUGUUCCCCUCGCGAUCGAGGGGCAUCUCAUCGAGAGAGAGAGAGAGAGAGAGAGAGAGAAAAGAAGAAAAAAAUCGUAAAAAGGAAAGACGAGUUUCGAAAUGUGCGACGAAAUUCGAAUCCGAACACGGAUCGAACGAGAGUCGAUUUAUUUCGAGGAAAUAAAAACUCAAUCCAGAGAAUCCCUUGAUGAUCGUUCUUUUCUUUUUUUUUCGGGGACUACGUGAAUCGGCGAACUACAUACGACAGAAUGUAUACGGAAGCAUCGUUGAAGCUUCGUGCACGAUCGAUCGACAACGAGAAUUACAUGCACGCGAGGGUGAAUUCUGAUCUGCGAUCUCCUUUCGCGAAAGCGGCGUUUCGAAGAGUAUUUUUCUUUCUCUACUUCGUUCCUACGAGACAGAGCCGCGUACUUUCGUAGGUAAAUAACCUCGACGAAAAUGGAAUCGACGCGCGAUCGGAGGAAAACCCUCGGCGAACGCGUGCACGACGUUGCUCGAUUAUUUCUCGAUCAAUUGCGAUGACGAUGGUGGACGCCGAUUAACAAGGAGCCAGUUGGUCCUUGAGGCGCGUACUGACACUAGAACGAGCGAAAUUGUAAAAUUUGAACUAUGAGGAGUAAGAGGAAAAUGUUCGUUAUUUUUGAUGACUCAAAGAAUUGAUCGAACCUUAUUCCUUUUAAAUUUCUGUUAGGGAAAAAAGCAAGUAAAGGCAACUCUCUCAACUGAUUCUUAACGAAAGCAAUUUAAAUUCAACAGAUUUGUUUUCCUCGUUUGAAGUCUGAGUCACUGAACUUUAACAUCAUUCAAAUCUCUAAAGAUAUCCCAAAUUUCCAAAAGAUAGUUUCUGUUAGAAAAUUAUCGGCCAUUUCGAGCCAGUUUGGUGGUUCUAGUGUCAGAAACUCGAUGUCGAUUACAAUCGUUUCUCUGCGCGUGUUUCGUCCCCGAUCGCCGGACACGUGGCUCUCCGCACGCGUUUAAUUACACGGUGCCAAUAUUUAGCGUUUAAUCGAACGUAUCGGCGUUUCUGGCCGUUUGGCUUUUGUAAGAAAAUCGUGUAUGGAAAUAUUGCGUCGACGGAAGAAGGAGAAAAGGAUAAUAAUGAUGUACGUCAUUCUUCGAAGAGCUUUGUUCGGCAACGUUUCGAACGUUCGGGUAAAGCGCGAUUUCUGUUUUCUUUCUUUUUCCUCUUCCGAGAACAAUUUCAUUGUACAUAAUGUAGCUAGUAAGAUUUCAUUAACUACGAGAGAUAAUAAUUCAGCUGCGGAUGUUUACGCGUUUGUGGGGAAUUUAAAGAAUGUACAGAACGCAACAUUAUGUAAAGCAAUCAAAAUUGAGUGCUUCUUGUAAUAUUUAGAUUCCAUUUCUUUAGUCACAUUCAUAAAAAUAUGAAUCUCACAUUCUGGGAACUCGCACUCGUCUUUCCAACGUUAGUAUUUCAUUUCUUGUGACGAAUCACGUACAAUUGUACAAUCAGUUUUCGCAGCAAAACAAGUAGAGAGAAUAAAUUGAACCUUUUCAAUUUCUUUAUCCGCGCAGAUCUCAGUAUAUUACAAAUAAUAAUCCGCAGUUUAGCUAUAAACGGAUGAAACGGAUUUAAUAAGAGAUGCGAUGAGUCAAUGACACGCUUGUCUCUUCGAUAUUAUUUUAUUCGAUCCCUUUCGAUUAAAGAAAAAAAUGUCCGCCGGAUUUUCAAAAUUUGUCGGACGAGUGUCGAGAAACGAGAAGAAAAUUUCAACCAACGGAAUGUCGGAAGAUUGAAGCAACCCGAUCUGAAAAUACUCUUCGACCUGGAUUAAAGCCGGUCAGCAACAUGCGGCCAAUCAAUCGGAGCUUCAUUUGAAAGCUACCCUAUGGGACGGCGAGUCGAAACGAAAGGGAAACUAGUUCCACGUUCCAGAAGCAAGGAAAACGAAUCGAUCGCGGAGAGCCGAGAGAUUGUGCGUGGCCACGCUCUUUGGAAACGUCACCUUUAGAAAACGAAUUUUCAAUUAAAAGGAAGUUCGGACCGCGGCGAGUAUGUCUUUCCCUUUCGACGUCGACGUGUUCGUCGCUCUUCUUUCUCGUUCUUUCCGUUGAUCGCGUGCCCGAUUCGUGGCCGUGAGUCGCCGCUUUAAACGAACGCCAUGCCGUCGAAACGUUGCCAAAACGUUAAUGGAAGACCAAUGUAUAUACGCUGUAUACUAACGAAACAAAAAAAAAAAAAAGAAAAAAAAAAAAGAAAAAAAAGACUCGUGAAAACAUCGAAACGUUCGGCGAUGCUUAUUGAAAAAUUCUCCAUUACGAAUAUAUUGUGCGUUCGAGUAAUGAUAAUCCGAGUUGGAUCUCUCACGCGGAAUUUCAUCAGAAUCGGCCGCUCUCGAGAGUGUUGGAUGUGAAAGGGAGAUAAGGAACGAAUGCGUGUAUGCGUGACAGAGAGAAAGAAAGAGAGAGAGAGAGAGAGAGAGAGAGAGAGCUGUAUGCGAUGUGGAAGCUUCAAAACAAGAUGCACAAACGUGACGUGAAUCUAUAGACAACGUUUGCGUUGGUUCGUGUAUACGUUCCAUCUCCUCUCUCAGAGAACCCUUCCUGUUCAACCCCGUAAUAUAUCCCUCUCCCUAACUCCCCUAUUUCCUCGUCGAGAAUUUUCAAAUCGGAGCACGUUGGUGAUGAAACAGAGGAGACUGUCAUUGGCCAAGCGGCGAUUUGCCUCGCGAAACUCCGUUUCCGAGGAUCGAUCUCGUUGCGAGAUCCAAGCAACGAGAUCGCUGGUGUAGCCAGUAUGGCCGCUGAAGGUCGAUCCGAUCGAGAUGAAAUAUUUUUUUAAAUGUGCUUGUCGCACGAGCGUCGACGUUGCUUCGGUUGAAUCGUGUCGGUUGAGUGUUGCGUGGCUGAUACAUAUUUCCUUUCUUUCUCUUUCUUUUUUCACGAAAUCGCAAUUUCGAUCAGACUUUGCUUGGAAACAAUCUCGGAAAAUGUAUGAAUGCCUGAUCCGGGCUGGGUUUCUCGACUCAGUUUGUAAACGUUUCUUUCCUUUUUUUUUUUUUUUUUUCUAUCAUCGAACGUGUUCUGAAAUACACGACACAAAAAAUAUUGAUGACACGUGAGAAAAGAAAAAUUGAUUUCUCCAGAUUGAAGUCCGUAUAGCGUAUGAAAUGUUACAAGAUAAAUAUUGUCGUUAAUAAUUCUCAAACAGUUGAUGCACGUUAAGCAGAAAUCUUGAAAGGAAACGAACACGAUCGAGUAUUUAAUAAUUUACUUUGUGCGAUCGAUAUACAAACGCAACGCUUGGCGUACACGCGACGAAAUUCGACGCGAAUGUCGUCCGCUUGAUUCUCGGGAAACGAGAUUGGCGUUUGAAGAUUCGCGCGGAGUCACGAGUCAGACCGACUUGCCGGAGUGCUCUAAGAGAAAACUGACACGACGAUACUUUUCAUUGAUGAAGAGAAACAGUGGUCGGCGGUGUGGUAAUCGAUGUAAUUUAAGGAUUCAGCUAACUCCCUUUGAGACGACGAUGUAAACGUUAUUUUAUUAUCGUAACGAAUAGGUAACGAAGAAGUAUUUAUAUAGUAAUGCUUUACUACCAGAACGGUACCGAAAUUGUUACAAUAAUUGCUCAGCGAGUAAAGGCGAAACAGGCGAGAGUUGUUCGUCGCUUAUUGUGUACAGUACAACACGAAUAAAAAGUGAAACCUAA